UCCUCCUCUUCCUCCUCCUUAUCAUCUUCCUCCUUCUCUUCCUCCUCCUAUUCAUCAUUCUCUUCUUCCUCCUCCUCCUCCUCAUCAUCAUCAUCAUCAUCAUCAUCAUCAUCAUCUUCCUCCUUGUCCUCUUCCUCCUCCUCCUCCUCUUCCUCAUGCUCCUCCUCCUUUUCCUCCUCCCCGUCCUUCUCCUCCUCCUCCUCUUCCUCCUCCUCCUCUUCCUCAUCCUCCACUUCUUCGUCCUCUUCCUCCUCUUCCUCCUCCUUCUCUUCCUCAUCCUCCUCCUCCUCCUCCUCCUCCUCUUCUUCGUCCUCCUCGUCCUCCUCCUACUCCUGCUCCUGUUCCUCUUCCUCUUCCUCCUCAUCAUCUUCCUCCUCAUUCUCCUCCUCCUCCUCCUCUUCUUCAUCCUCCUCGUCCUCCUUCUCCUUCUCCUCCUCCUCCUCCUCUGCCAGUGCGAGUGCGAAUGCGAGUGCGAGUGCCCCCGUCACCCUGCACUGCAGGAACAAGAUGAAGAGGAAACCAUGA